AGUUGAUGGACAUAAUAAAGAACGAUCUCAUUCAUCGUCAAGAUCAAAAAGUCCUUCUGGUGGUAAAGAUAUUGAAGAAAAACGAUAUAUUACUUCUUGGUCUCGUAGUCCAUCGUCCGGUGCUGAAAAUGCACGUGAUGCCAAUACUACUACUACUACUGGUACUAUUCAUCGUCAUGAACGUUUACCAGAUGUCAUUCCUGGUCCUGUACGGAAUAGACGAACUGGUGUUGCAUCACCAUUGCGCAGAAAGAAAAGUCGUAGUCCAUUUGCAGAUGAUGCCACUGGACCAUCGUCUACACUAACGAAUAAUUGGCCUGCAAAAGCUGUCAAUUAUGCUGAACAUGCAAACAAUCAAGUUAAUCUUGGACCUAAUCAUUCGAUCAGUGUUGAACAAAAACAUAUUGUUGAACCUGAGUUAUUAUCAGCAAUACAUCGUUCUAGUAAUACAGAUACUAUAUCAUCGAACAAUACUAUAAGUUCUAAUCAGUCAACUGCUACUACUACGACUAGUGCUACCACUGGUGGAGGCGCGGGUGGUGCUGGUGAACUUCCACCAAAUCGACCAGGUGUUCGGUUGACAUUAGCACCACGUAUGAAGGCAGCACCUGUAGGUAUCAGUUCCCUUGCAAAUGCUGCACCUUCUCGUACAACUACUAACCGUCUACCAGCUCAACCGUCCUCACCACCACAAUCACGACAAAUUCGACCUCCUGGUGUCCCUAUAUUACAUCGUCAUACUUCGCCAAUUGAUACUAAUCAACAUCCUCCUCCUGUUAGUACAAAUAGUAUUAAUAUGCCAAUGACACAAACUCAAGUUCGUUUACAAGCAGAAGCUGCAGCAGCUGCAUUAGAGAUACGUGAACGACGAAGAGCUGCAGCGGAAGCGGCAAAUAAGAAUCGACGACCACGUCGACGUAAACGAACCGAUCUAGAUAGUAUACCUGUACGUGGAAGACCAACUUAUAGACGACAAUCAUUUUCAGCCUCAGAAGGAUCUGGCAGUUCCAGUUCAUCGAAUUCCUCCAGAUCACCAUCUGGUGAUCGUUCUCAUUCUGAUUCAGGUCGACAUGCUACAAUUCGAUCUAAUUCUCCAAAUCGUCAAAUACCAUCUAAUAAACAUGAUCAAGAGGUUAUUCGUCCCAGUGGUGGUCGUAAACGAACUCGUCAAGAGAUGCAACGUACAAGUUUGAAAGAGAUUGAUGAGAAUACAACAACAACAACAACACGUCGACAUGUAGGACGUACUAUGCUGCUUAAUAGUGUUGAUCCUCGUGAACCAUUAGAAUACGCCCGAUAUACUAAACAAUCAGAUUUUAAUGAACGUUCUACUACUCAUAGAACAACACGUGGUACUACUGAUCAAUUUAUGCAGAAACCUGUACAAUCUAUGAAACGAUCUUAUCCUACUGGUGUUGACGAAAUGCCAAUACGACAACGUCCAGAACGUGAUUCACGUCUCCUUGCUACACGUUAUCCAAAUUCAUCUGUUGAUGAAUCGCAUAGAGUUGGCAAUGCUGAAACACGUCGUACUGCUGCUGCUGUGAAUCAAUUUAAUAUAUCAACUAAAGAGAGAAUAAUUAGACCAAGAACACCUCACGGUUUGGAGAUGCUUGAUUUUAGAAGUCGAUCACCACAUGCAGAAGUUGAUAUAUUACCUAAAAUUAUUCGUCUUGAUCGUGAACAAUAUCAACAUCAUCAACAUCAUCAUCGUAGAAUUGUUAGCUAUGAUAUACCUGAUAUGAAUAGUUGUAUAAAAUCACCGCUAAUCAAUAACAACGCCUCCCUAGUUGAUCCUGUGGAUAAUUUCAACUCAGCUAAACGUGCACGUAGUCGUCAUCGUAGUCGUGGUCCU